AUGGAUCUCAAAGUUCUCCUUACGGUUACACUCAUCUGUACUGUCUUCUCCGGCUACGUCGGUGGCCAAUCUCCGGCCAGUUCUCCGAUCAACUCUCCUCCUACAUCUCCUCACAAGCCUAAAUCCUCCACUCCCGCCAUUUCUCCAGCUUCUCCGUCGCCGGAAUCCACUCCCACGUCGGCUCCGGUGAAUACUCCGGUACCAUCCCCGUCAAUCGAGGCUCCCAAAUCCUCCGUUCAUGUGCCAAUGACGUCUCCUACUCCUCAGAUCUCUCCGGCGGCUCCUUCACCGGAGAUUGAUGCUACGCCGUCCCCUUCACAGGAAACUGAUAUUUCGCCUGCUCCGGUGGUUGCGCCGUCAGUCGACGUCCCGGCUCCAGUUCCGAGCAAGCACAAGAAGUCUAAGAAGCAUAAGAGGUCGCCGGCUCCAGCACCGGAGCUUAUGAGCCCGCCUGCACCGCCCCCGGAAGCUCCUGGACCAAGCGACGACGCUUUCGAACCCGUUGCAGCCGACGAUCAGAGCGGAGGAGGAAAAACAAGUGUCAUGCAAAAUGUGAUGGUGGGAGCUGCAGCAAUCGUAUGGGGUCUAUUCGCUAUGGUUUUCUAA